CGAAAAGGUUCCAAUCAUUAUUUGAAAAAAAAGCAUCGGAAAAUAUAUUAUGCGUUAAAUUAGGGGGAAGAAAGUCGGAAAGGAAAAAAAACUUCGACGAAAUUUGUCGCGAUCCGGAGACCGAGAGACGAAGAGGAGGAGCAAUUUAGGAGUAGAUAGAAGUCGUGUUACACUUCCCUAUACCCUAAACCUCCCUGCCCCGCGCCCUAAAUUUCCUCGUUUCCCUACUCUAAGCAGCGAUUUGAUCGAGAUCGCCCGCCAAUUCAAUCAUGCCGUCCCGUCGAAGAACUCUCUUGAAGGUCAUCAUCCUCGGUGACAGCGGGGUGGGCAAGACUUCAUUGAUGAAUCAAUAUGUAAACAAGAAGUUUAGCAACCAAUACAAGGCGACGAUUGGAGCGGAUUUUUUGACCAAGGAAGUGCAGUUUGAAGAUAGGCUCUUCACUUUACAGUCUAACACGCAAUGUACACCUUUCUUUUGGCAGAUCUGGGAUACUGCUGGACAGGAAAGAUUCCAAAGCCUUGGUGUUGCCUUCUACCGUGGGGCUGAUUGCUGUGUCCUUGUCUAUGAUGUAAAUUCGAUGAAAUCAUUCGACAAUCUUAAUAACUGGAGGGAGGAAUUCCUAAUCCAGGCAAGUCCUUCUGAUCCCGAGAACUUCCCAUUUGUUGUUCUCGGAAACAAGAUUGAUGUUGAUGGUGGAAACAGCAGAGUAGUUUCAGAGAAAAAGGCUCGAGCAUGGUGCGCAUCAAAAGGAAAUAUCCCAUACUUUGAGACCUCUGCCAAGGAAGGCAUUAAUGUAGAGGAAGCUUUUCAGGUCAUAGCCAAGGAUGCCUUGAAGAGUGGGGAAGAGGAGGAAAUAUACUUGCCGGACACGAUCGAUGUUGGAAGCAGCAGUCAGCCUAGGUCCAGUGGAUGUGAAUGCUAAUUCGCAGAGGCCUGCUUUCAUCACUCUGGAUGGAAUCUAUCGUCUCGUCCCAAGUGUUGCCAAGGAAAAGUGUUUCUUCUGGGCGUUCUUCAUGGUGUGUAUGUGUAAGAGGGAGGAUACAUUUGUACAUUAUCGUGUUCGCAUUUUGGGUUUCUGUUGGUCGUGUACAAGCCUGCUGUCACUUUGUUCGAAAAGGCCAUUUCUUUCUAGGCACUCAUGGUUACAUUUUCCUCAGUAUAGUCUGGUUAUAGUUGUCAAUUGUCAUUACUGUGUCUUUUUCCGUCAUUAAGAUGCUAAUAAUUCUUCAUUUGAAACUCUGUUUGGGAUUGCGAAGCUUCAUGCUCUUCUCUGCUCUUUUUUCUCAAUACGUGUGAA